AUGGUUGUGAUUAUGAAGAACAUAUGGUAUAGGAGAAACAAGUUUGUUUUUGAUACUAAAUUCUUAAAUCCUGCACAGGUUAUACAGAAUGCAUUUGUAAAUUUGGAGGAAUAUUCGUUGGCACUAAAAAAGGAGAGGGAUGGAGAAAAACAAAGGAGUGUAGCCAGAAGAGGAACAAGAUGGAGCAGACCUGAAGGGAGAAGCUUUAAAGCAAAUUUUGAUGCAGCUUUUAAUAUGGCCGAACAGAUUAUGGGGCUGGGAGUAGUGAUCAGAGACUGUAAUGGUGAGGUGAUGGCUGUAAAAUGUGCAAACAGAAAAUGUAGAAGCUCUCCUUUCAUUGCAGAAUGUUCAGCUAUGUGGGAGGCAAUGGAGCUGUGUAAAGAGCUGGAUUUUUGGGAUGUUUGGCUGGAGGGGGAUGCAAAGGAUGUAAUAGAUGCAGUUAACAGAGAUGAGGAGGACGAGUCCAGGUAUGGUCAUGUUGUUGAAGAUCUGAAGCAGAGCCUGAAACAAAGUAAAUCAUGGAAGGUGGUCUUUACUCAUCGUGAUGGAAACGAAGUGGCGCAUCAUCUAGCAAAAAUGGCAAUCCAUUGUAUUAGUGAUCAAUAUUGGAUAAAAGAGGGUCCUGAGUCUAUUAGGAAUCUGUUAGCUAUUGAUAAACUGCAUAGUGAAAGUGUUAUUGAAUGUUCAUGA